CCGCGUUCCAAAGCGACCAGUCUCCAGUUGGCUUUCUGCUGGCAAAGACGCGUCUUGGGAAAACAGAAGAGCGCGAGUCGGGAAACCCGAAACGAAUCCGAUCGUUUCAAAUCGAAUUAAAUCCAAUCCAGAUAGCUAGCAUUUGGCUUUGCUUUCAUUUCGUCGAUAUUUCGGAUAAGUUUUUGGGUGAUCCUAGGCCCAUCCUAAAUUUGCGAAUUAUCCAUGAUUAUUUGUGUGUGCCUGUGAAACUUCCAUAGAUCCAUCCGCUUUCAAUCGAUCUACUACCAGAUGCGUGUGUGCGCGUGAGUGUGUGUGGCGACAUUCGCUUUUCAAAAGCGCUGGAAAAACUCGCAAGGAUUUCACUUUGAGCCGCUUUUUUUUGCCGGCUUGGCAGCUACCAAUUGGCUACCAAUAGCUAUCAGUUUUGAAAAACCAAAAACUAGUUCAAGGCUGCCCCGCAGCUCGAGUGUAUCUCUCAGAUACAGAUACAACUGAGAGUUUGAGCUUCUUCCUAUCGCCCCGUCAUGGAGCUAUCGCUGUCACCAAAAGAAACGGAGGUCCGUCCCAACACCAUCCCAGACCUAAAGGUGGAUGCCACAUUCCGCAAGGUGGCCAAGAAUGCAAUAACCUUUGCCAUUUGGAAAAUCGACGAGGAUCGACUGGAGGCUGUGCCCCGCCCGCAGUUCGGAACCUUCUACGACUCCUGCGCCUACAUCGUCUAUGCCGCGAGCUUGUCAGGACACUACGCCACUCAUGAGACUAUCACUCGCGAGCAGAAACCCAAUGUGGUUCUGGAGCGAUAUAUCCACUACUGGCUGGGCCGGAAUGUCAGCGAACAGAACCGCUCCAAUGUGGUGCACAAAAUCCAGGAGCUGGACUUGUAUCUGGGCAAUGUGGCGGCCAUUUACCGGGAGACCCAGGGACACGAGAGUGCCAGGUUCCUCUCGUACUUCAAAUCGGGCUACGACAUUCUUUCGGGAGCUCUGACAAAUUCCCCUCCAAGGCCACGACUCUUUCAGUUGCACUCCCGCAAGUGGCUUCGAUCCAUUGAGCUGGCCACCAUCGAGUGGUCGCACUUUAACUCGGACUACAUAAUGGUUCUGCACACCGAAGGCCUGAUUUUUGUAUGGAUCGGACGCUCCAGUUCGGGGAUCGAACGACGGAGUGCCCUCGCCUGGGUGCAGAAGCAUGCUCAGGGAUCUCCCAUCACCAUUGUGGAUGAUGGCUACGAGCAAGCCAUGUCGGCGGAGCACAAGGAGCUAUGGAACUCCCUGCUGCCGCUCAAUAAGAGGAUGGUGUGCCAGGCCAGCCAGGUGGUCAGUGAUUUCGCGGAUUACAAUAUGAACAAGUUCAGGAUCUACAAGUGCAAUCAGCGGGGGCGGUUGCAUCUGGACCAACUGGAUGUAGGGAUGCCGGCGAAGGACGAUCUGAGCGAUGCCCAUGGGGUCUAUCUCUUGGACAACUACGGUCAGAGCAUUUGGCUCUGGGUGGGUGCCCAGGCUCCCCAGGCCGACGCCCUGUCGGCGAUGGGAAACGGCAGGGCUUUCGUCAAGAAGAAAAAAUAUCCGGAUAACACUUUGGUUGUCCGGGUUUUAGAGGGCCACGAACCGGUGGAGUUCAAGCGGCUGUUUGCCAACUGGCUCAGCGUCUGGCAGGAGAACUCCCGAGGCCAUAAGCCAGUGUCCACCAAGUUCGGAAAGUUGGAUGCCCAUUCCCUGUGCGAGCGGCCAAAGAUGGCGGCGGACACCCAGCUCGUGGAUGAUGGCAGAGGCGAGAGAGUGAUCUACCGCAUUCUGGGGGAUCAGGUCCAGGAGCUGCCGGUCUCUAAGACGGUGGUCUUCACCACAAAUGCCAGCUACGUGGUCAAGUACAGUGUGCAGUGCGCCACCGUCAUCCCCGCGGACCUAGCUUCAGUGGGAAUCAAGACAGUCAUCUAUCAGUGGAACGGCUCUGAGGCCUCUGCGGAGUCGAUUGCCCGAGCCGACAAGUUUGCCACCUCCAGUUUUGAGGCUCUCAAGGAGCCGGGCAUGUUCGUCCAGCUCUAUGAGUUUGACGAGCCUCCGCACUUUCUGCAGAUCUUCGAGGGCAAGCUGAUCAUCAUGCGCGGCCAGCGCAGCGAGAUGUUCUACGGCGGAGACCUCAAGACGAACGCCAUGCUGGAGACGUUUCUGCUGAAGGUCUACGGUGACGCCAGCUACAAUUCCAAGGCGGUGGAGGAGACUCCGCUCUCGUCCAUCAGCUCCAAAGAUUGCUACGUGAUCAAGACGAGUCAUGUGUGGGUGUGGUGCGGUCAGAGCAGCACGGGUGACGCUCGAGAGAUGGCCAAAUCGGUGGGAGCUCUGCUCGGCGAGAGUUCGUUGGUCCUGGAGGGGAAAGAGAGCAAGGAGUUCUGGCAGUCGGUGGUCAUGUAUUUCAAUCAAACGCUUGUGAUCAAUGGUAAUGGAAACUCGUGCUCCAGCAGCACCACCAGCAGCAGCAGCGGAGCCGGCAGCAUGUGCAACGGCAGCUCUAACGGUGGCAACGUGUCGCCCACCCUGAGCAACAAUUGCUAUCUAAACACCAGUGUGCCCAGCAAGCCGCGUCCUCCGGUCCAGCUCUUCUUGGUUUGGUGGCAACAGACGACGCUGCGCUACGAGGAGAUACUCGGCUUCGAGCAGCAGGAUCUCAGUGCGGACUGCACCUACAUCCUGGACACUGGCACCCUCACCUAUGUCUGGCUGGGAUCCCAGGCUGUGAAUCAGGAGCGCUAUACAACCAUUGCUCAGAACUAUGUACAGAAUGCCCCCUUUGGUCGCAGAUCGGCCACGGCUCUGGCGGUGGUCCGACAGUUUCAGGAACCUAAUGUCUUCAAGGGUUUCUUCGAGUCGUGGCAGAAUGAUUAUGGAAAGAACUUCCUCUCAUACGAGCAAAUGCGGAAGGACCUGGGAAAUUCAGUACCCAGCACCUGCAGUCUUGGGAAUGGGGGCUCACCGCUGCUCCUGAAUAACAGACAAACAGAUUUCGAUGCUCACAAGAAGUAUCCACUGGCCGUUCUUAUCCAGGAGAUGGACAUGCUGCCUCCGGAAAUCAACCCGCUCAAGAGAGAGGUUCAUCUCACCCACGACGAUUUUGUGUCUGUUUUUAAAAUGUCGUUCUACGAGUUUGACGAGCUGCCCAAAUGGAAGAAAACCGAGCUGAAAAAGCAGUUUAAAUUGUUUUGAGCCCCGCAGAUUUGCUUGAGUUUGCUUGUAGCGAGUGCGCACUGUAUAUAAUUCUCACUUUGAAUGAAUACUAUGAAGGAAUAGUAGCUGUUGAAUCAGUUUAUGUUAUAUAUACACACUUUUAGUAGAUGUAAUAAAGCGAAAACAUGGAAUUUUUACAUAAAAAA